AUGGAUCAACAAAAUUAUGUGGUUAUUCAAGAUGGACAUGAUUAUAAUACUCCAAAUUUACAAUCCUUUGCUUCUAAUUUGACUCAAACACAGUUUUCUGGAGAGAAUUUGGAAGAAGUUUAUAGAUCAUUCUCCUCCCUUCAACGUCUACAAAAACACUUGAUAGGUUCACACUAUUCAUCAGGCAGACACCCAUGUCUAUUUUGUGGAAACCGCUUCAAAUACGAAUAUAAUUUAUUUUUUCAUUAUCGAAAUGUUUGUCCUUAUUCUUUGGAUUUGUUAAAAGAAGAAACUAGGAGACGGUUGGAUGCCUCAAACCUCAAAAAAUUAAUUCGACAAAUUGCUACAGAUAAAGAUUUUUAUUUAAAAUCUCCACCUUCUAGUAAACUUCAAAAUGAAGAGAGUGAUAGACCAUGUAGUUCAACUUCGUUGUUAACCCCGUUGAUUGAAAAUCCUGCGGAAAAUGGGGAUUCUGCAAUGAGACGGCAAAUGAUGAAAAAUAUAAUCCGCAAAUAUGUACCUAAAUGUCGACAAAAAUUGAAUUCAAUAAAAAAUGCUAAUAAAAAUGUCGAAGAAAUAGAUGAGACAAAUAAUUCACAGAAAAUUGGAUUGCCUCGUGUGCUUCUUCAACCUACAUAUAGACCAGAUUUGCCAGAUGGAAUUCAUUGCCCGAUAUGUUCUGUCGUCUUUUACGGUCUAAAAAUACUUGUUCGUCAUUUAAAAGCAGCACAUCCAAAAGAAUCUUCAGUUUGGGAAAAAACAAUAAGAGGGCUUGAUAAUGCUUCAAAUAAAAAUUCCAAAUUAAUUUCUAAAGCAAGGAUUAAUCCAAAACGUUUUUUGGCGUCUAAAAAGAGUGGGAGGGAGGAAAGAAGUGUGAGAGGAGAACAUUACAAUUUUAACGAGGAUACCCCUCCUUUGCUUGAAAUCGAGCAAUAA